AUGAAAAUUAUUAGACAAAUUAAUAUAUCUUUUAAUGUAUUUGAAAAUGCAAUACAAAAUUUUUCAGGAGAUACUUAUGUAACAUUAAGUACUAUAAUAUCAAUUAUUAAAAAAUUAAUUUUUGAUUUGACUUGUGACUCUUCAUUAGAUAAUAUUAAUUAUCUUAAUGAAAAUACUAUAUUUGAAACAGAACCUUUUACUAAUAAAUUAUUAAUUAAAAUUAAAGAUGAAAAAAUUAUUAGCAAUAUAUCAAAAAGAAGUAUUUUUAUUAAAAAUUCAUUAGAUACAACAGGAAUCUUUGAAAAAGUCAAAAAUAAUAUUUAUUCUGCAUUAAUUUAUUAUUGGAAUUUUUUCAAUGAUAUAGAAUUAAUAACUUCUUUAUUAGAUUCACAUUAUAAAAUAUUGGAUUUUAUAGAAUCAGAAGAUAAAAAAAAGAGAAUAAUUCAAAAACUUCAUAAUGAACUUAAUCCAAAUAAUCUAUUGUCUACAGAAUCAUCUAAUUCAACUACACUUUUAACAAAUAAUAUAGAAUUUUUAUUAUAUUCACUAAGGAAUAUUGUUAAUAUCAUCAAAUGA